AUGGCCGACAUCGUGGAUCAGCACGACCAGGCUACGCCUACCGACCUCGAGGAGUCCCAGUCUGUUGGUAACGGCAAUGCUGGGGCCGAGAGCCGUGGCACCAAACGCCCACGCCCAAGCGCAGUCGACGACGACGACGACGAUGAUGAGAAAGGCGGCCGCGAGCGUCGCAAGAUCGAGAUCAAGUUCAUCAGUGAUAAGUCUCGUCGUCACAUCACAUUCUCGAAGCGGAAGGCUGGUAUUAUGAAGAAGGCAUACGAGCUUUCUGUCCUCACCGGCACCCAAGUCCUGUUGCUUGUUGUCUCAGAAACUGGCCUCGUGUACACUUUCACCACACCGAAGUUGCAACCUCUCGUCACUAAGGCUGAGGGGAAGAACCUCAUUCAGGCCUGCCUCAACGCCCCCGAACCCACGACCGCCGGCGAUAACGGCGUUGACGAGCCCAACCAGGUCGACAGCCCUGAGGAGUCUGGCUCCGGCCACCUCGCGUCACAGCAGAACCGUGGUCUACCCCAGAGCGCACAUAUGGCCCCCGGAUAUAUGCCGAACGUGUCUAUGGACCCGAACCAGGCUCUGGCAUAUGGCAAUUACGUUCAGCGUAACAACCAGUACGCUCUGCCGCAGCAUUCGGCCCACCAAUCAUAA